GUCGAGCCUCUUCUAAAUCCAUCGGCCCAUGCUUGGUUCCAGUCCAAUCCUGUCCCGAAUAAGGAUCGCGUCACCCUGCAAACAAACGCAAACUAGGGUUCUCCUGAAAAAUUUAUCAGUCUCGCUUUGCUCUCUGUACUUCAGUCGCCGCUCGAUUCUUGGAAAUCAGCAGAGAGAAAGAGAUCCAGAAGGAAGCGCAGGGAUGCUGGACAUCAAUCUCUUCCGAGAAGAGAAGGGCAACAACCCGGAGAUCAUUCGGGAGUCGCAGCGCCGGCGUUUCGCCAACGUCGAUGACGUCGACGAGGUCAUCAAGCGGGACAAAGAAUGGCGAGAACGCCAAUUCGAAGUCGAGAGCUUGCGCAAGGAGUUCAACAAGAUUAACAAGCAAGUUGCUCAACUUAAAAUUGCCAAGCAAGAUGCAUCCGAGAUGAUUGCUAAGACGGACCAGAUCAAACAAAGCAUAGCAGAGAAAGAGGCUGAGGUUAAGGAGUCUUGGGAGGCAUUGAAAGCUAAAUUGGACACCAUUGGAAACCUUGUUCACGAUUCAGUUCCAGUCAGCAAUGAUGAGGCAAACAAUGCUGUGAUUAGAACCUGGGGUGAGAAGCGCAUGGAGCCGAAGCUAAAGAAUCAUGUUGAGCUGGUUGAGCUUCUUGGGAUUGCUGAUACAAAGAAAGGUUCUGACGUAGCAGGAGGCAGAGGUUUCUACCUGAAAGGAGAUGGGGUUCGACUAAAUCAAGCUCUGAUAAAUUUAGGUUUUGAUUUCUUGGAAGCAAGGGGAUAUACGUUAUUGCAAACUCCAUUCUUCAUGAGAAAAGAUGUCAUGGCCAAGUGUGCUCAAUUAGCACAAUUUGAUGAAGAGUUAUACAAGGUGACGGGUGAGGGAGAUGAUAAAUAUCUUAUUGCCACAGCUGAGCAGCCACUUUGUGCUUACCAUUUGGAUGAUUGGAUCCAUCCCUCAGAGCUCCCCAUAAGAUAUGCUGGGUACUCAUCUUGCUUCCGCAAAGAAGCUGGUUCACAUGGUCGAGAUACUCUUGGAAUUUUCCGGGUUCAUCAGUUUGAGAAAGUGGAGCAGUUUUGCAUUACCAGCCCAAAUGCCAAUGAUUCUUGGGAGAUGCAUGAAGAAAUGAUAAAAAAUUCGGAGGACUUUUACAAGGCGCUGAACAUCCCCUACCAAGUUGUGGCUAUCGUGUCUGGUGCCCUGAACGAUGCUGCAGCAAAGAAGUAUGAUUUGGAAGCAUGGUUCCCUGCAUCACAGACUUACAGGGAGCUAGUUUCCUGCUCAAAUUGCACAGACUAUCAAUCAAGAAAAUUAGAAACCCGAUAUGGGCAGAAAAAGAACAAUGAGCAGACAAAGCAAUAUGUUCACUUGCUGAACUCAACCCUCACAGCAACGGAAAGGACAAUGUGCUGCAUUCUCGAGAAUUAUCAAAAAGAAGAUGGUGUUGAAAUUCCAGAAGCUUUACGUCCAUUCAUGGGUGGGAAAACCUUUCUGCCUUUCAAGACCAAACCAGCUGCUGAGGCCAAAGGGAAGAAAUCCAAGGCCUAAAUUUGUAUCUUUUAGAAAUCUUUGACAACACUCGGAAGAAGUGAAGGUCUAGUUUAUAUUCAAACUAAUUUUACCCAACAUACGGUUAUGUUUGCUUUUGAACGAAUUGCCACAGAGAUUGGGAAACUUUAAUAUUCCUGUUGUCAUGAAUUUUUGCAUAAUUUUGAUACUUCACUGUUCGCCUAGAUUCUUUGAUGUUAUGAGAUUUGAUAUUUUUCUCUUCUAUCAGUUAAAUAUACAUGUUUGCUUAUA